CCAGCGCUCCAUCGGUCGGAGGAUGGGCGCGCCACGUGUCGGGCUCCGCUUCCCCGAUAUUUUUUUUCUCCGAACCAUCCCAAACCCUCGCGAUUUUUCCCUUUCUCUUCGAAGCUUCUCGACCCCUCCGGACGUCCGUCUCAUCCCCGCGCACCUCGCCGCCACCUCCCUCCGGUCUCCGUUGUCACCUUCCUCCCUAUCGUCACCGGCAUCGGCCCUCCCUUCCGAUCUCUCUCCCUCAGAUCGGAGCCGCGCUACGCGGCGUUGGGCUCCCCCUCCAAUCUUCCACAGCAUUACUCUAUCAGAAGGCAUGGCGACUAGCAAUACUGAUACCAGUAAUGCAGCAAGGAAGAAGGAAGUGAAGAAAGAAACUCGUCUGGGUUUGACCUAUAAGAAAGAUAAGGAUUUUGGAGAAUGGUAUUCUGAGGUUUGUGUUGCUGGUGAAAUGAUUGAAUACUAUGACAUUUCUGGCUGCUAUAUCCUAAGGCCAUGGACGAUGGCAAUCUGGGAAACAUUGCAAGCAUUUUUUGAUGCAGAAAUAAAGAAGAUGAAUGUCAAGAAUGUGUAUUUCCCUCUUUUUGUAACUGAGAAUGUUCUACAGAAGGAGAAGGACCAUAUAGAAGGUUUUGCUCCUGAGGUUGCUUGGGUUACUAAAUCUGGACAGUCUGAAAUGGAAAUUCCUAUUGCAAUCCGUCCUACAAGUGAGACUGUUAUGUAUCCAUAUUACUCUAAAUGGAUAAGGGGGCAUCGUGACUUGCCAUUGAAGCUUAACCAGUGGUGCAAUGUUGUGAGAUGGGAAUUCAGCCAUCCUACUCCUUUUAUCAGGAGUCGAGAGUUUCUUUGGCAAGAAGGACAUACAGCUUUCGCGACACAAGAUGAAGCUGAUCAAGAGGUUCUUGAAAUAUUGGAAUUAUAUCGAAGGAUAUAUGAAGAAUUUCUUGCAAUUCCAGUUAUUAAGGGAAAGAAAAGUGAGCUAGAAAAAUUUGCCGGCGGUUUUUAUACUACAAGCGUUGAGGCUUUUAUUCCAAAUACAGGUCGUGGGAUACAAGGUGCCACCUCACAUUGUCUUGGUCAAAAUUUUGCAAAGAUGUUCGAGAUAAAUUUUGAGAAUGAGAAAGGUGAAAAGGCAAUGGUCUGGCAGAAUUCUUGGGCAUACAGCACCCGCACGAUAGGGGUGAUGGUGAUGGUUCAUGGGGAUGACAAAGGCUUGGUUUUGCCACCUAAAGUAGCAUCUGUCCAAGUUAUUGUGAUUCCUGUACCAUAUAAGGAUGCUGAUACACAGGCAAUCUUUGAUGCCUGCAGAUCGACUGUUGAUACACUAUGUAAAGCAGGUUUCAGAGCUGAGGUGGACUUAAGAGAUAACUAUUCACCUGGUUGGAAGUACUCUCACUGGGAAAUGAAAGGUGUUCCUCUGAGAAUCGAAAUUGGGCCAAAGGAUUUAGCAAAUAAACAGGUAGAUAAGGAGCUGAACAGAGUUAUCCAUGCGUGUACAUAGUUAUUUUUCUUUGGUGGCGACCAAAUUGAUCCAUUGAAACUCAUGCUUGCAUGUACAUGUGAUUUUAUGUGUGUCCUGGCACGUUUGCAUCCGGUUGGUUGGUGUGGUAUUAACAUAAUAAUCAUUUUUACAGGAAUCUGAAAAUUAUCUUAUCUAACACCAUGGCAGUAAAUGCAUAAAUACUUAUCUUUUUUAUUACUUUAAAUUCCUGUUUUUGUAAAUUGCUAUUUAUAUUUCAUAGUUGCUCAAAUGGAUUAUUGGUGUAUUCUCUUUUCAGUUCUGUAUCCUAUGUUAUUCCUGGUUGUGUCUAAUGUACAAAGAAUGUAGAUGGUGUACAAUACGAAGACUAGUGUGAUAGUUGAAUGAAUGAUUAGUGAUUUAAUUAGUGCGGUACUUCCUUUAUUUCAUAUUUUCCAACUGGACAUUAUUGUGUAUAUUAUUUUUAAUUAGUUUUCUGUUUAUAUCAUUUAAGUUGGUGAUAUAGAAUAGAACUGUGUCUGUACCACUGAAUGGAAGAAUGUGUUAUCGGUCUUUUUGGUCAUGUUUCGGUAAGACAUUGCUCGCAGAAAAAUCAUGUACUAUUUUUAAAGUGUUUGCUCUAAAGGUCAAACCUAAAAUACUGUUGGACACUUGUAAAUCCAAAUUGUGAACUCUUUUAUUGAUUGGAAUAAGAGGAGCAAUUAUUUUGGUUAGUGAAGCAAGGAAACUUUUAUUAAGACAAUGAGGGAAAUAUGAAAGGAAUUAAAUAAAAGUAUCUAGAUUUGACAACUGUAUUUAUGUUUAAUGCUUUGGUGGUGUGAUAAUAAUGCCAUGGCAGGGAGAUCUUUUUAGAGUGUCAGAUUGCUGGUUCUGUCAAGGAGGAAACGAGGUCUUGAUAAUGACCAGUCGUAAGGCACACAAUCUUAGGUCUUGAAUUGGAAGUCAUAACUCGGAUUUGAAUGAAAGAAAGAGAAGCCUAGGUGAAGAAAUUAUAUAAUGAAGGAAUGAGAUAAUGUGAAACAAGAAUCCUGGCUGCAAAAUUGGGGAAGUUACAAGUUAUCACCUGGAUUUGCAGAACAUAAGACACUCGAAAUUAAUAUGCUCAAUAGUCAAUACAUGUACCGUGCACCUGCAUGAUUCUCUUGAGACCACAUUGUGCUCCCUUAUAGUGCAAAAGUUCUCUCCUUCCUGUGAAAUCUUAACACAAAGUGAAAAGCUAGUGUUCAUAUCCAACACUAUCUAGCAUUGAGAAUGGGUGUGUCCACAGCAGCUAUCCCUUGUGAUCGAGGCUACCAAUUAGCAAGUCCAACCACAUAAUAAAAAGGUGAGUGUUUUUAGCUCCCUUUCUCUCUUUUAUUUUAUUGAGAUGAAAAUGAACAAACUGCAUAACUUAUAACUCUGAAUCUUUCAUCUCUACAUUUAGAUCUAAGCAGACAAUGUUUCAAAUCAACCAUAAAAGGAUCUAAACUUUGUACUUUCCAAACCCUUCAGUUUAGCAUGAAAUACCCAUACGAGACAUUUAAACAUGGAUAUUAGUAUGACACUCAGACCCAGCUUCACAAGAAAAAAUUCUUAGAUAUUGAAAGGAUUAGAGAGUUGGAUACACAUCUGACUCGCAAAGCUGAAUUGAUGUAACAUAGCCAGAGCUUUAGGUCGGGCAAUUUGGAAACGGAUUUUCUUAGGUUUUGACUGUCAUAGGUGCAAUAUUAAAAGAAAGGUCCCAUUUGAAGACCAAUUUCAGAUCCAUCAAUUGCCUUGCCUUAGUUUGUCCUGGAAAUUUGAUUACACGGUAUCCAGAGGUUCAACACUCGAUAACCUUCUUGUCUUUUAGUAGUCUUUGGAAGCAAGAUUCUCAUGCUACUUUCCCUUUAUAUGCAAAAGUUGUUGCACUGCUGCACUGGCAGUUUUCUUUUAAGAAAUAGAAAGACUCCAAGGAAAGGAUCACCAAGAGCAUCUUCUGAACACCAAAAAUCUGUGAAGAAUGAUGGCCUUCUCCCUCAAGUAACAAAUCUCAAAUUGUGACGAAUGAUGACCUUGGAUUUUCACAUUAGUUUCUAUUUUCAUUUUUAAACUAAUCCUCUUAAGAAUAUGGCCUCAUAUUAGUUGUCAACCAGAUUUUUUUGUUUACUAAAUCAGAUGCACUUAAGAGCAGAGUCAUGUGUGCUAGAUUGUUUGGCUUGUACAUGGUUCCUGUGUCUAUCUUGCUUGGAUGCCAUCAUAUGUCUAUAUAAGAUCAAAAGUUUAUUUGUAACUUGUAUUAGCUAGAGACUUCAUUUUUAGCUUUUGAAAAUGCGGACAGUUUUGGGUACUUGGAUAUGACAUAACUUGGCAUGACUUAGUUGGACACUCCACUUUGAAGUGUCUUCCAGAAAUGACAUAGUUUUAAGUAAGGAAUUCUGUACCGGCCUGAACUGGUGGGUACACCUCAUAUCGAGCCAGACCGAUGGGGAAUCGGGACGGUUUUGGUGUCCAAAACGGUUCUCGAAGGGAGAGAGAAUAAAGAGAGGAAGAGAGAGAGGAGGGGGAAGAAGGAGAGGGAGAGGAAGAGAGGGCCUUUGGAGGCCAUCCAUCUUGUCGAGGUUGGUAGGCAUGGAGGGAGGGAAGGAGAGAGAGUCGGAGGUCCUUAUUGGGUCUCCGGAGGUCGUCGGAGGCCUUUGGAUGGACAAUGCCUCUGCCGCGACAUCUUCGAUGGCCGGUGAGCCCAGAUCGAGGGGCUUGAGGGCGGCUAAGUCGGAGGAGGGCCUCCGCCUCCUUCAUUUUCGAAACAGGUGUUCGCCUCUAUUUCGGAUUUUUUUUGGAUUUUAACGUGUGAAGUUGGCAAUCCAGUUGCCGACUUCUCGAAUUUUUAUUUUUUAUAAAAAUUUUAAUAUAUGAUUUAUUUUUUUAAAAAAGGGUGAAGUUGAUAACACUAUUGUCGGCUUUGUUCAUUAAAAAUAAAAAAAAUAGGGGCAAACCUCUGUUUCGAAUCCACCAUCCUCUGCGACCCUCGAUUGCCCCUCAGCCGCCCUUCACUCCCUCUGUGCUACCUCACCGGCCGUCGAAGAGCUUGCAGCGAUGUCGCCACCCGUUCGGAGGCCUCCGAGGGCCUCUGGUGAGCCGGUGAGGUCUCCCACUCUCUCUCCUUCCCUCGCUUCACACAUACCGACACCCAGCAAGAUCCUAGAUGGCCUCCGAUAGCCACCGGAGGCCCUCUCUUCCUCUCCCUCCCCUCUCCAGCCCUCUCCUCCCCUCUCUCUCCCUCUCUUCCUUUCCUCCCCCCUCUCUCUUCCUCUCUUUCUUCUCCCUCUCCCUUCUCUGCCCUGUCGGUUUGCGCCGGUCUGGGCUGGUAUAGAUCUGUAUCGAGCCAUACCGCCAACCGGCCGGCAUGGGCAUGGGUACUGAGUCUGCAAAUCUUGGUUUCAAGUGUUGGACACUUAAAUUGUCAACCAUGGAUUAAAGUUAUCACGAUUAUUCUUUAUUAAGUCAAAUAUCCCUAAAUGUGCAUAAGGAAUAACUUUUACAACUUAGUAUGAUGUUCAACUAACGUACACCUAAGAAUGCUUCAAUGUUAUAUAUGUGUGAGUGCUUUUAUAUACACAUAUUUGUCUUGUAUGUUUGUUAUAUGUACCUAUUUGUGUCUGUAUAAAUUGUAUAAAUAGGCAUGGAUGUGAUGGAUGUAUACCAUGUCAUCAUGCCUAGAAUUUUAGGAGGCUAUAGUUGGACAUGACACCGAAGCAUACAGGUAUUUUUAAGUUUGAUGACCAAGACCUGAUACACCUAUAGAUAUAUGAUAUAUCAGCAAUAGGCAUCACACGCUCUUGUUAUGUAUAAACCAAACGAGUGGUUCAAUGUCCUAGUCAAGUCACUUAAAUUAGAUAAGACAAUAAAAUAUUCAGUUGCUAAUAUUUUCACAUUCCAAGGCAUGGCUUACAUCCAAUGUUCAAAAUACCAGAAGAGGUAUGGUGUCAUAUCGGGGAUUCAUUGAAAAUGGUUAUUGAUAGGUAGAUAUAGAUGCAGCCAUUUUUGACAUCCAAAACUCUGGUUCCGGGCUUUUUAUCAUUUUUUUUCUUGCCUCAAAGCUAUGGAUUAGCAAGCAAUAAGACAGAAAUAUCGAGUUAAAUGCUCUAAUCAAAGUUUCUCUGUGUGCUAAGGUUUAUUGUGCAUGCUGAAGUCAUUAAUAUGUAUAUGUGUCACCUAACAUCACAUACCUUGCAACUUAAAAUACCUUUAAAGUAUAUACAUGUAAAAGUUAACAAUCAAAAGUAAUCAAAGAGAGUGCCAGCUAGUGCAGUUGUUAAAGUCAUUGCUAGUGGUUACUAAUGACUUGGGUUCGAUUCUCGCCUUAGCCCAAUUUGUGGCUGGGUUAGCUCUGGGCCUAGUUCUUAUUAAAAAAAAAAAGUUGCAGACAAAGAAGCAUAGUUAAUUAUAGGAUGGUCACUACUAUCAACUUUUGUAGCACCUGUAACCAAAAUCAUUCAAAUGGUCACUAUUAUCCUCAAUGAUCAAGUACUUGACACUAGUUUACUUAUCCAUCUUCUUUUAUUGAUUUCUUAAUUUUUCAAAAUUCUUAUGGCAUGUCCUAAGAUUGAUUUUCAUUGAUUCUUUUGGUCUAUCAAUUUAUCCUCUUUUCUUUAGUGAUUUAACAGCAUUAUCUUAACUUAUACAUGUUAAUUAAUUAAAACAGAAUUAAUACGAAAUUUAUAAUAAUUUCAGUCCUUGGCUUGGGUGGGUUCUGAGCACACCUAAGUUGCACAUAUUGUGGGUCAAAUUUUGUUUGUGUCUGUGUAUCUCUGGUGCAGGAAUUGAUGUAGAGUCGUCAAUCUGAUGCGAAAACCCCUUUUGCAACUUGUCUCUUUUGUUGUUUUCACAUUCAAAUGGUAGAAAACAAAAGAGAAUCUCCCUUUAACAUUACUUCCCUAGCAGUAACCAGAUGUACCAAUCCGUUCAAGAGCAAUCUUGGAUCUGUUUAGGGCAAACCAACCUUGAUUGGUCCUCAAAAUACUCGAUCCACUCUUGAUUUAGGUUAUCCAUAGGAUGGUCAAACAAUUUUUGUUCUAUUUAGCCUCCUUGUAUCGCAGAGGCCUUGAUACAUUAUGUACUGAGUGGUACACGCUAAGCCGUUCAACAUUUCAAACCUUGCCUGCAUUCAUUUGAUGGGAGGAUUGAUGUUUGUUUCCUUUCACGUGGUGUUCAUUGGGAUUAUACAAAAAACCUCAUUUACAUCAAAGCACUGUGGCAGCCAUACAAAUAGUGGCCAGUCAAAGUGCAACGAACUGUUUCUUUACAAGACGGUGACAUGGAUAAUUCACAAAUUUGUAAGUCUGCAUAUGCCUAGUAAUCUUUACUAUCAUAUAACACAAACACAUGAGUGUACAUAUUCCUUAAUCAUCAUCAUCAGCAUCUCCAUCUCUGGCUUAAGUUAAUUGUUACUUGAGACCUCCGUGCAAACUUAAAUUUUCAACUUUGAUAACAAAAAAAAAAAAAGAAAGA